AAAUAUUUGAGGAUUUUGUUCAAAUUAAAUAUUAUUUGAGCACUGCUAAGCAUUUCAUAGUGAGGCCGAUAUUAAAGCUGCUUUAGGCUGAAUUUUUGCGAAGGAUCAGAAAUAAUUUUUAAUUCUAAAAUUGCAUCACAGAUUUUACAGCGAUUUUGGGUUCUUUAGGUUGGUAGAAUUUUCAGACUGCAAUGGAGAAAGGAAAUUUAAAAUUUGAGGGGCAUUUGUUGCAAAUGUCCAAAAAAAACUAAUGCAAUAUUCCCCCUAUAUUGACACAGCUAAAAUAGCUAUUGCUUCUUUAAAUCCCAAAAAAAUGCACAAGAGAAUUUUUUAAUUUCGAUGAACGAAUGAUCGAGGUUAUAACAAUUACAGUAACAAAAUAAAAUUAACCAGAAAAAAACAAUUGACAUUUGAAGUGCCUUAGCCUGCUAGUCUCAAAAAUAACUCAAAAACGGAAAUGAAAAAUGUGUUAUUCGGAAAACCCAAGACACUAGUAUCCAGGGAAAACUACUUUUUCUUGGUUGGCCAAAGAUAUUGAUUAAAAUUAAAAGGAACUAAGCUAGUUUAUUUUUGUCCCGACAAAAUGGUUUUCGAACCCGGCGAGCUCAUGACGGUUUUCCACGGAUUUUCCACCUGAAAAUUGGCUGGUUCUGCUAAAAGUUAUGGCUGCUGAGGACGAUCAACAGUUCUGCCUGCGAUGGAACAAUUUUCAAGCCAACAUCACGUCGCAAUUUGAGACUUUGAGGGAUGAUGAGGAUUUUACUGAUGUUACCAUUGCUUGUGAUGGUCAGAGGUUGCAAGCUCAUAAGGUUGUGCUUUCGGCAUGUAGCCCCUUUUUCAAGGAACUUUUCAAGACAAAUCCAUGCCCCCACCCAAUAAUCUUCAUGCGUGAUGUUGAAGCCCGCCAUAUUGUGGCCUUGAUGGAAUUCAUGUAUGCAGGAGAGGUGAAUGUAGCUCAAGCUCAUCUUCCUGCUUUUCUUAAGACUGCUGAAUCUCUAAAAAUUCGGGGACUCACUGAUACUUCCACAGAAUCGGUGCCAGAGAGACAUAAAGAAGAGAUGGUCACUCCUCAACUGCAAAACGGCUCAUCAAGACCCAAGUUAGAAAGAACACAACAAAUAUCGUGUUCAAGUACUGUUACAUCUAGUCAAGAAGAGGACGAGCAAGAAGAGAAUUUGGAAAACGGUUCUAGUCCCAAAAGGCAAUGCAGGACUGCGAAUAACUUAAUGCUGAAUAGUUUGCCCGAAGAAAGUGAAGCCCUCCUGAGUUUAGAGAAAAAACAAAAUAUACUUCAGCCAAAAAUGGAGCUUCCAGAUUAUUCUAGUGAUGGAGAUUUGGAGGAAGAUACAAGGCAAGAGAAUGAAGUUGAGAGGAUACGAAAAUUUUAUGGUUCAACAGACUUAUCAGGUGGAAUGGAAAUAAUCCCCCAAAGUUCAAAUUACACCACAAAGGAUUUUAAACAGGAAUCUUUAGGCACAGGCCAGGCGGACCUCGCUCUCUACCCAGUGGGCUCAAGUGGGCCCCAUGGUGGGGGUCCCAACACCCGCCGUCUGCAUUCGCUGGACCCUAGACCGUGCUCCGAAUGCGGCAAAGUGUACAGCAAUCUCUCCAAUCUCAGACAGCACAUGCGUCUCAUACACUUCCCUACUUACGUACGGUGUCAUGUAUGCAACAAAAACUUUAAAACUGACUUGUAUUUGAGGAGGCACAUCGUCAGCGCUCAUGGGGGAUUCAUGGGAAUGUUGGAUCAGUUUGGAAAGAAUGGGUUGCAGAUGAAAUUUGAGAAUGGAAAGUUUGAAAGACAACCUUUGGUUUAUGCGGCUAGAAAGUGAAUCAAAGUUCAAAAUGAUACAACUGUCCACUCAAAUUAUCAUAUGAGUUUUAAAUUAGUUGUAACAAUUCCAAAAAAUCAUUAUUACAAAACACAAAAUUGCAACCAACCAUUAUUUAAGGAAAGCACUUGUUAUACUUGGUGUUUCAGAAAAACAUUUCAAUAUCUCUAGGGUAGAAAGCACAUCCAAAAAUAUCAGUUCCUAUUGAUAUGGAUCCAAAGAUGUCCCCCAACCAAAAUUCAGGGUGAUGAAGUUUUAUUUACGAAAUUGAAAAAAAAAGUAUAUCUACAGAGCGGGUAGUGAUACUGAGUUAAGAUUUUAGAUGUUCAGUGAGAACAUCAUAAGCACUAAACACUCUGAAUUUGCCGGCCCAAAUUGAACCAAGGACUUAGAAACUGGGGUACCUGGACUCUGGUAGGAAAUAUUUUCUACGCCACUGGCCUUU